AUGGCGGCAACAUUCUUAACUGGUGCAGCGUUUGGAGCUGCUACCAUGGGCGCUUCCUUUCAUAACCCUGCUAUAGUUGUUGCCCAGAUGAAGUUUGAAAACUUUCAUAUGGUACAGGCAUUUCUGACCGCAACUGCAAGCAGCGCAGUCAUAUAUACGGUUGCACAACAUUUCGACUAUGUCAAGUUAAAGCCCAGAAGCUCCUCACCGAUAGGUCUCUUCUCUAUAUACGACGGCAAUGUCAUCGGCGGUGUUCUCCUCGGUGCCGGAAUGGCCUUGUCAGGAUCGUGCCCAGGAACACUAUAUCCCCAGCUGGCUGCUGGCGUUCAUACAGGCUUUCACGCGCUCAACGGAGCCAUAAUCGGCGGGAUUUUGUGGACUGGACUCCUUGCCAAGAUGUUCAAGGGGUAUAAAGAAAGAGCAAACGCCACUCCCAUAACGACGACUGCAAAUGACCAACUUGGUCUGAGCAGAGGUGCCACAUUGCUUCUCUUCGAGGCAGCAUGCAUCUCAAUCCUCGCAGCAACCACAAUCUACACUCCCCCAUUUCCCGGAGCAAAGAUUCUCGGAACGACAGGCGGGCUCAUCAUUGGUCUCUCCCAGCUCUUCUCCAUCAUCACACGAAAGUCUAUGAUUGGCAUUUCUACCGUAUACGAAGAGAUUGGCAACCACUUUUGGUGGCUAAUCAAGGGCGCAGAACCAAAUACGAAACCGACUUCAUGUAACAGCAUGGUGUUCGCCGCCGGCGUCACUGCUGGAGCUUGGGGGUUGCUCCAGGCUAUCCCUUCGCUGGCGAGUGCUCCUGUGUUUGAGGCACCGCCAUUGUUGGCAAUGACAGGAGGUGCUCUCAUGGUUAUUGGAGCGCGAAUGGCGGGUGGCUGUACGUCUGGGCACGGCAUUAGCGGCAUUUCACUGCUGUCUUUGUCCAGCAUGAUCACUAUUGGCUGCGCGUUUGCUGCAGGAGCAGUUGUUGCACCUUUGGUUUAUUAA